AUGCACGUUGUCGUGGUGCCUUCACAUGUGAAUUUGGCUCGCAAUGUGAACGGAGGAAUGGAUUCUACCAGUUGUGCCAAGAUCGUCCAGGGGUUGUCGGCGUUUAAAUCCAAUAGGGAUCGCAAUGCGCGGUAUCGUGUAACGAAGCAUAAUAGAGCCGGUAGCUUGUAUCGAAAGCUACCAAAUCACUCUCCGCGAUUCUGUUUUGCCCAUUGA